GUUCCCUUGCUGGGAUAAGAAAAUCUUUCGUAAAAGCGAUUGGCGACCUUAAGCAAUGCUGUUACAUUUAUAACUUAGCUAGACUUAGUUAAAAUAUGACCUAUGCUCACUUCGCUGAUAACAUGAGUUGUAGCAAAUAAUUUCAUAGUUUUGUCACAACACUAACAUGCCAAAACAAUUUUUAUUUUCCUACAAGACGUUCGUCAGUUCGUGUUACAGAAAUUUUUUAUUAUCGAACAAUAAAGUUAUGGUGAAGAUCGUUUUAACAUUUGUGUUGUUCACAACAAUUUUCGAACGAGUUUUGACGCAGAAUUCACAAGAUGCAGGCAAUGUGUACAUAGACGUUAUCACUCAACGGUUCUUAGAUCUCGAAUCGGUGUUGUGGAAAGAAAUCGAACAGAAUGCGUAUCGAGAAGAUAAAACUCCGAUUUUGCAAAGGGUUCACACAGAAUUCCUAAAGUUCUACUCGAGACCGUUCAUAGCAGCCGAAACGGCGACGGAUAGGGUUAACAUUUUCAAUCAGACAUUGAUCGAAUCGCAAAUAUUCGAUGCGGAACGGACCGUAACGAUUGUAAAGAAUCACAUUUUGCAACGCGAAGUGGACCGUUCGUUAGACCGAAAUGUUAUUGGCACGGCACGUUCAUAUGACGCAUCACUGUUGGACAAUAUUUAUCACAUUGCUGUGGAAAGGGACUAUUUUGCGCUGAUAAAAGAGAUGGGCAAUACUCAAAAUUGUUCCAAUCAAUAUGGAAUAACCAUCGCGUCCACUUCGGAUAUAUUAAUGCAGCAAUAUGAAAUUGUGGCGAAAGCUAGGUUGAAAGCAUAUAGCAUACCGCAGUUAUAUUCCAUGCUUUUAACAGUUUACAACAUUGGAAAUAAGAUAGACGAAGCAAGUGUUUUACGAAAGCGUUUUACAGACCAAUCAAAAAUGCUACAAAAACGAGUUCGAGAAUUAAUGGGCUCAGCAAAGAGAGAUAUAUGGAAGUGUGAUAUGGCGGCUGAUUUUUAUGACGAAAACGACAAUCAAAUAACUCACUUAUUGGACGGAUACAUUGACAACGAGGUAAAUUUGAACAACGAUGAUGAUUGCACACAAACAUGUUCCGACUAUAAAGUUACGAAAAAUUUUGGAUGCUUCGAAGGAACUUACUGUGAAAAGCAAGUUCAACCAUUGGCUAGAUGCCGCGGAACGGUCGUUGAUUGUCAAUUCAUUGAUUGGGAUUUGGAAGUUUGUCCAUCGGCGUCGAAUUCGGAACGACGUUUCGAAAGUUUGGAAUACGCAUCGGGCAAGACAAUUGGAAAUCCGAAUUUGUGUCAUAUACCAAAAACGAAAAUAAAUUCAUGGUGGCGCUGGUUCGUUCGUUGUUCAAAUUGUUUCUGUUUUUGUGACGAGCCGAGCGAGAAAUCAGAUCGCUAUUUUAGUUUACAGCCAGCACUAUCCGACACAAAUCAGAACAAGGUGAUAACAGGCAUAGCUCUACGUAAAAUCAAUCGAAUUUUCUUUUGGGGUAUAACGCAAGCAACACUCUUAAACAACGGACAGUUGAACCAAACGAGAUACUAUUACAAUUCAUGGAAAAAAACCAAAGAAUUCUAUAUAACUGAUAAGGACGUAGUUGAUGGGGUUGAUUACCACACAUUGUCGUGGCAAAACCGUUCUAUCUUUUUAGACACACUUGUUGCACCCCCGGGAUACGUUCUAACCGGAAUUCGUUUUAAUUCCGUAAACGGCAAUCUAGUGCUGUCAAUACGAGUCACACGUUUCGACUUCAAAUCCGGACGCUUAUUCGACAGUUUCGAAUGGAUUUCGAAUAAUAAUGAGAAUAGGCAACCCAUUGAACUGGUCCGACCUGCCGAAUCGUCAGACAAAUCGAAGAGCCAAUCGAUCCCAUACACAUCAGAGAAUCGAUACGUUCAAUUUCAACCGACUGACAUCGAAAAAGAUGGUGGACAGACAACAGUGCCAUUUAUUGAUGUUCAGUUGGCGGAACCACCAAAUGAACGACCUACAUUGCUGUCUGGAGCGGGUAUUUAUUUUAAGGGUGAAUCGGGCUUCGGUGGUUUUGUUGCGCCGAAAGUGGUAACCUAUGAUUUUGCUCAACACAUUGGGUACAGUUAGAUUGAGUGGACAUACGAUAAGUUUGAAAAUAUACGAAAACUAUUUAAAUAUCGACCAGACACAUACAUUGUUUUACUUUUCAUUAUCGAAGACACAGUGUGACCAAACACCUCAAAUCAACAAGGUAACGGCUUGAAAACAAAUUAGUUCGCAUCAAAUCUCAUUAUCAUCAAAUUAUAUGUUCAAAGUUUGUGCUCUUUGAUAUGUUAACGGUGUAUUCAAUGUGAAAAUUUGUCGAAUUUACGAAUAUACAACAAACCCAUUAGCUUCACAUGGUUGAGCUUUAAAAUUGAGGUUGUGCACAAAUACAGUUGCAAUGUCUGCGUUCAAAUAAUAGU